AUACACGAGGUGAGGGCCGAGGGGGUGGCACGCGCGGGGCCGGUCCGGGUGUCGGCUGUGUGGUGGCUGAGUGAAUGUGAAUGCAAGGAGGUGCGAGACUAAGUUUCAGUGAGAAGAUGUAAAUUUAUCGAAAUUCGCGAUGAUUGAUUGUGAUUUAGAGCGAAUGGUGCACUCGCGAGCGUGACCAGACCGUUUCAGCUUUUGCCGACGCAAUGCCGCUGUAUGCAAGAUGCGUGUCUCCGAUUAAUUUGAGCAGCGCACCGCUGAAAGAUGCCGUCGACGAUGAGCGUGAGGCGAUCGCCAACAACACGCUGUCUGGUGUGCUUCGUCAGCUCGCCAGUCUCGUGCUGCACGCCGAGGACGUGUUUCACGAUUUACACAAGGACUUCGAGACCAUCUACAGGAGAGCUGGGGCACUGCAGACUCGCGUCAAACAAGUGCAAGAAAAGGCGAAUCGCCUCGACGCGAAAUCGGUCAUCGUCCCUGAGAGUGACCUGACGGCAUUCAGCGAGCGCACCGAGCACCACCACACCAACUAUGGCGAGGAGCGGCUGCUCUUCACUGCCGACAGUCGACCGGGGGCCAUCGAGAGGCUCUACCAGGAGGCCGUCCAGAACCCAGUGGUGGUAUUGCGGCAGCUCGACCUCUUCAGGAGUGACGGCAUGCGCUGCUCCAAGUUCUUCACCUGCACACCGACCACACAGCGAGAACGACUCCCGCUCGACAUCGAAACCAGGAGGCCGGAGGCGGUGGAGCAUCUGCCGGACUGGACGGCAGACGAGGCCGAGCUCACCUCGCCCGUGCACCCGGACCUGCGCUUCCACCCACUGGGACAGGCCGUGUCAGAGGGAGCCCUGUACCAGCUGCCGCCGCCGGAGCGGGUGACGGAGGCGCGCGCCCAGCGGUUCACUGCCGAGGUGGUCCCCGUGGACGUCACCGGCACCGGGUUCCAGCGGCUCGUCAAGUUCCGACAGUCACUUGUGCACUUCGAUUACGUCAAACGACGACGAAAGCGACGCGACCGCAACCGUCGGAACACGAUCGGCGACACGCGGGAGAUCGCGGAAGCGGCGCUGCGUCACGACCUGCCCAGUACGUCCGGUACGCUGGGCACCCGGAGCACGGCAGCCUCCACGGGUCGGGACGACCAGCAGACCCAGACGGAGGUGGACACCGAACUUAGCACGGCAGAGGACGAGCAGGAGCCGUCGUUCACGAGGCACACGGUGUGCGCGGACAUCGAGCGCGCCAUGGCAGAGGGUAGCUCCUCCGUCAGCCGACUACCUCAGCUGGGCGCCGCCAACACGUUCGACCCUCCGGAACGAGAGCCCGUCUACGAGCUGAUCCGUUCAACGCGCGCCCGUCUGCCGCUGCCGGUCGGCCCGGCGGCGGCCGUGCGCCGGCGCGCCGCAGCCCUCUCCGAGGCUUCCUCGUCUGGCCACGGCAGCGGCGGCUCUAACCGCACCUCUGCCGACUCUGAGCGGGUCGUGUCACCGGCAGACUCCGGCACGGUGACCUCGCCGGCAGAGGAAGCGCCCCACUCGCCGCCCGGCCGCAUCACGUCGCCUGUGGACUCGGGACUGUCGGACGGCGGCAGGCUGGAGGAGGUAUCGUUUGCCAGUGAUGAUACGGUGACGCCAGACUUCCCGGACGCUGAUGCCGAGGACGGUGAUGGUGAUACGAGCUCGGCGUUUUCGUGUGACACGGAGGGAUACUACACGUCCUUCCACUGUGACAGCGGUCUAAGGACGGCGCCGGAGAGCGAGUAUGAACUGGUGGGUCGGGGAAGCACUGGAACCGGCACUGCCUCCAACACCAGCGGCUCAGACAGUACGGUGGUGAUGCGGCGAAAACCGCCGCCGCCGCCACGCGCCAGCAGUCUGGAUGCCGGGAACCGAGAGAGCGUUGUCACGGUGAUUAACGUGGAGGCAGUGACCGCAGCCAGUGAGUCUACCGCUGAAGAAAAGGACGCGAAGGAGACAGCUGAGGCGACGGAGGCAUCCGAAGCGGCGGAAACGAAGGCCGAUGAGCCUGUGAAGUCGACGUCAAAUGUGUCUGCGGCGGCGGAGGUUCCAUCGGAGACCACCACCGCCACCGACGCUCGCCAGUCCUCCUGUUCUCCCACCGAGUCCGACCUGGACCUGCCGGAGCGUCAGCAGGACUUCCGCUCCAAGACGGAGAUGACGAGCGGCCGUAUUCCGUCUCUGUGCGUCAUCACGCCGCCGCCGCCCAGCGACGGUGACGACACGAGCAUGGAGUGGCCGCCGCCGGCCUCCCCGGUGCCGACUCUGCAGGUGGUGGCCGGCCGCGGUCCGGCGGGCGCCACGGUGCUCGUGCAGCCGGCGCCGCCGCCGCUGGCGCCGCCCCCUCCCGAGUCUGAGAGCCGGGCUCCGCGCGGACGCUCCCUCUCCCCACACUCCUCCCAGACGGCUCCCCGGCCGGCGCCGCGGCCUCCACCGCCCCGCACCGGCUCCCUGGACCGUGCCGUGGCUGCCCGCUACGGCAGCACGUCAGCAGCCGUCUACGCCAGUCUGCGAGCGGCUGGCGGCGGUCGGCCAAGCCCGCCGCCGAGCCCCCUGCCCAGCCCGCCUCCGGACCCGCGCCGUCCAGGGGCCCGACAGGAGACCGGGCAUCCCAGUGGCGAGGGGACGCCUCAGCAGCAGCAGCAGCGGCAACCACAGCAGCAGCAGCAGCAACAGCAACAGCAACAACAGCAGCGGCAGCAACAGCAACAACCACAGAAACGUCAGCAGCAGCAGGAGACGAGAAAGCUCGCCAGUCCAGUCCGUCAGGAGCCAGAGCUCGGGAGGGGAGAGCGGCGGCCACUGCCUGGGCACCAUGCCGUCGACGGCGGCCGCUCGAGCCCCCGGCGCCGCUCGCUGUCCCCGGCGGACCCGGCCGUCGCUCGGAGGUCCGUCUCUCCUCCGGGACGGGCCCGAUCGGCGAGCACCGGUCCGCGGCUGUCGUGGAGCGGCUCACCGCCGGCCCUGCAGCACCAGCUGCCGGCCAACCUGCGCUCGCCAACACUGGGACAGCCGCUGCUGCGGUCCCAGCCGGCAGUGGUCACACAGCCGCCGGCGCAGCUACAGCUGUAUCAGUACCAACAGCAACAGCAGCGUCUUCAGCAGCAGCAGCAGCAGCAGCAGCAGUAUCAACAACAACAGCAGUAUCAGCAGCAACAACAGCAGCUGUAUCAACAGCGCAUGGCCCAGCAGCAGCAACAGCUACAGCGACAGCAGCAGCAGCAGCAGCAGCAGCAACUGUAUCAGCAGCAGCGCCAACACCUGCUCCAGCAACAGCAGAGACUGGAGCAGCACCAGCCGUCUCCACAGAGGCGGACGCCCGAGGCGACAACCGGCGCUCUCCAGCAGGACGUCCCUCGGCACACACUGCCGGCGCCGACGGCCCACUCCACGCCUCAGCCUGGCGUCGGAGGCCGGCGCGUGCCAGCAUUGGAUGAAUCCACUACCGACAGCAGCCAGUCAUCCGGUGACGGUCCCUGUCCAGUGGAACCCGCCGCCGCGCCGCCGGCCGCGCGCGUCAGAAAACCGACGCCGGCCGCCGGCGCUGUGGCCACGCCGCCGCCAGCUCAGUUGUCUUCCGCGGCCCAGUCAGUAGCCAGGGCUCGACAGGGGUCGGCCGCUGCCGCCGCUGACGGGAAGGCCAAGUCGCGACUGCCGCGCGCCUUUUCACCGUUCAGUUUUGGCCGCGCCAGUCUGCGAUCCAAAAGUCCAUCAGCAGCCAGAGAGAAGGAACUGCGACGGAUGGCGAACCAGAGUGGUUCGGAGGCCGAUGACGAGCCCAAGACUGACGAACAGAAACUCAAGAGGCUAAAAAAGAAGUGGCUGUGGGCGCUGCCGAUGAAGCGGAGAGAGAAGAAGAAGGCGAAAGAUGAAACUGCCGAUGAUUCAGAUGAUGAGGGAGGCUUCCGCAGUGGCCAAGGCUCCAGUUUCGUGCGCUACGAGAGCCCCGAUUCUGUGUCGUCGGGAGUAUCGUCACGUGCUUCCACCCCGCUCACGGACGCGUCGCUUUCCUCGUCCUAUUACGAGAUGGAGCAGUAUUUUCCGGCGCUCAACACCAGUCAGGGCAGCGCGGCGGGAAUCAGCUCGAUAUCGGCGCAGUCGGACGACAGUGGCGCCGCACCGCGGGCUCGGGGCGAAACAGGUGGCCAGCUGACGGCGCCACGGCCUCCCGAUUUCUCAAACAGCUUCCUCGAGUACAGCCCUCCGGACGGCGGUACAGCGGCGGCGGCGGCGGUACCAUUCCAGUCUGCCAUGUACGCCACGCCGCCGCCGCGUGCCAACCUGGUUCCCAAGCCGCCGCGCGUCGCCGGGGCCAGUGCGGCGCCGCUGCGCGCUCCCGUCACGGACGCCAUCUACGGCACGCGCACGGUGUUCGCCCGGCCGCAGCCUCUGGCGUCGGGCGGCGCUCGUGCCCCAGCUCCUCCGUCCGUGGUGCGUACCGGUCCGGCGGCGGCGGCGGCUCGCUCCCGGCGCAGCUGGUCAGGCGCGCCUCCGGGACCGUCCGGCGGCAGCGGCGGCCAGCGCGCCAGCUGGGCCGGCCGCGCCUCGGGUCCUCCAGCUCCCAGUCCGCUGGCGCCGCUCACCCGGCCCACAUCGCUCACAGAGUUCAAACAGCUGAUCGCGCGUCAGGGCACCUCCUCGCCGGCGACUGGCGCGACGCCGCGACUGUCGGCGGCGGACCGGCUGCGGCCGGCGGCGGCGGACGCCACGCCGAGCCGCUCGCCGGCCGGGGUGGCACAGUCCCCGCUGGACGCUCGCAACUCGGCACGCGCCGUGCUCUUCCAGAAUCGGUUUGGCAGCCGACGCUGUCGAACGCCGCGUACAAACGUCAUCGCCACGACGAUUCCGGAGAGCGAGGAGGAGCCUCUGCCGCCGGCUCGCCGUCAGCUCUUCGCCGGCGAGUCGGGGGAGUCUGGCUCGUCGGGUUCGUCGCCCGAGACGGCCCUGCGAAUGAGCCCCUCGUCUCCGCCGCCUCCCUACUCUGCCAGCGGCUUCAAACCAGUCGGCGACGCUCGGCCACGCCGCUCCAGCAGCCUGGGUGAGGGCGACACGGUGCAGCGGCCGACGCCGCUGGCCACCUCGACCCCUGGCGGCGAGCGGCACAAGUUCCAGUGCAGGAGCCUGCCGCGGGGUCCGCUGGCAGCAACGUUUAGCUGUCGUUUGGGCGGCGAGCGGCCAUCGUACCUCCGUUCCCAGUCGCUGACGGCUGUCAUUGGGGACGGCUCGCGCGACGAGGGCGCCCCGCGGCGCUCCCCGGUCGGCAGAGUGGAGACUGCUCUGUGAGGAGUCUGGUGCACACAGACUGCUCUGGUCCUCGCAGACUGCUCUGUGAGGAGUCUGGUGCACACAGACUGCUCCGGUCCUCACAGACUGCUCUGUGAGGUGUCCGGUGCCGCCGACAGACGGGAGCUCGGCGCCACUGUCUCGCCCCUCGUCCUCGCCGAGGAGCGGUGAACAGUGCAGUGUCACCAGCAGAGGACCUCGGGAGUGGCGGGAUCUCAUCAGCCUACCAUGACUGCCUCUCCCGGGAGACCUCGAGUCCCAUAUGAGUCCCAGGAUGACCUCGAGUCCCAUGAGUCCCAGGAUGACCUCGAGUCCCAUGAGUCCCAGGAUGACCUCGAGUUCCAUGAGACUGGAAUCCCCACUGGGCAGCUGCCAGCACCCAUCUGUCGAUAGUGAUAUUUGUCAUGGUUUUAAUUCACUACUCGUUCCUUAGUUUUCAUGCAUAUAGCUUCAGUCAGUUCCUGCAAACAGAAACUGGUGAAAUGGUGGCGACAUUUGUGAAUCUAUUGUGUGUUUUGUAUUUUUGUACACUGUUUUAAGCGUGUAUUUAUAUCGGGAAUCCGUGAGCGUGGAUUGUGAGAGCAGCAGCAGCUUACAAAACUAGUCGAAGUUAAACUCAUUGUGUAAGUGUGGUAGGCGGAUGUCUGGUGACAUAAAUGACUGAGUGUA